GCAAGCCUGCGCAUGCGCGGAGUUGAGGCGCGAUGGCAGGUGUCGGGGUCGAACGUCUACAGGCGAUGGUGCGAUUUGCGCUGCUGGUGCUUACUGUGUGUGCUGCGGGUGCCCAUGGGCUCUAUUUCCACAUCGGCGAGACUGAGAAACGUUGCUUCAUCGAGGAAAUACCCGACGAGACCAUGGUCAUCGGCAACUAUCGAACCCAGAUGUGGGACAAGCAGAAGGAGGUCUUCCUGCCCUCGACCCCUGGCUUGGGCAUGCAUGUCGAAGUGAAGGACCCGGACAGCAAGGUGGUACUGUCCCGGCAGUAUGGCUCCGAGGGCCGCUUCACAUUCACUUCCCACACACCCGGUGACCAUCAGAUUUGUUUGCACUCCAACUCCACCAGGAUGGCUCUCUUCGCUGGAGGCAAACUGCGUGUCCACCUGGACAUCCAGGUUGGGGAGCAUGCCAACAACUACCCUGAGAUUGCUGCUAAGGAUAAGCUAACAGAGCUGCAGCUUCGAGCUCGCCAGUUGCUUGAUCAGGUGGAACAGAUCCAGAAGGAGCAGGAUUAUCAGAGGUAUCGUGAAGAACGCUUCCGUCUGACCAGUGAGAGCACCAACCAGAGGGUCCUGUGGUGGUCCAUCGCCCAGACUGUCAUCCUCAUCCUCACUGGAAUCUGGCAGAUGCGUCACCUCAAGAGCUUUUUUGAGGCCAAGAAGCUGGUGUAGGGCUCUUGCCGUAUAACCUUUCCCUUUUACCUCAAUUAUUUGAUAAUCUCCCCACCUAGUCCCUGUCCACCUGGCUUUUGAGGAGGAAAAAUGAAAAAAUAAUGUGUCACAUUGGUAUCGUGGCAGUAAGCCAUUGAGAUCAGCUACCUUUUGACCCUCCAAGAAACAGGCAUUUGGCCCGAGCUUUCCAAAUCUGCCUUAAGGUUUGGGAGACAUUGGAAUUAACCCAAGAUCAAGUCAUUUCUUUUGCCUCUGGUGUUCCUCUGUUUUUGAAGAGAUGUCCAAAUGCACUUCUGUUUGUCUGCUUGCGUAGUAGGCAACUGGCAUGCCCCGUGGAGGAGACCCUGCCUCUUGUUCCUGGGUCAGUCCUGAGUUCUCUCAAGUCUUUGUGAAUGUAAAUAAGGGGCAGUUCUUGGCCCUGAAGGAUUGAGAUGUUUUUCUAUAUUUUAGAACUAUUUUUGGAUAAAUUAUAUAUUUUCCUUCCUGGGUGAAUCAUCACUGCCUGUAACAAGCGAAAAACACUAAUCCAGA